GGUGUCAGUUUACGGCAACAUGGCAGCCUACUGGUGGGAGCUGGUGCUCCGUGGGCUCUGACCGUCAGAGUCUGAAACUUAGUCAUGAAAACGGGGACAGACCGCACGAGACCAGCUGGUCGGUAACUGAGGUGAAGAAGAUGAUGAUGAUGUGUUUUCGGGGGGUUUCUGCGCCGCUGUGUCGUAACGCGGCAAAUGUUCGCUGCCUGGUGUCUGCGCGUUGUGCUGAUGCAAGUCGGCUCGAGCCCGCUUCAUGGCGGCACCGACACACACCUGUCACCGACUGCUCGAGGUUGAAGCUGUCACCGGUUAGCGGCUCGUGGCUCUUCAGAGUCAACGGGACUGACAGCCGCGUCGCGUGCUGGAGUGGCGUCUUCCAGCAGGUAAAAGCGACACCUUGGCACGCGCAAGGAUCUGUUCUCCUGCACCCAGGAGGUCGUGAGAGGUCGGUGGACAGUUUCCGGUGUUUGCUGUCACCCAAAGCUCGUGGGCUGUGCACCGGAAAGAUCAAGGAGACACCGGACAGCUCCCCGGCGACGGACCGGAAAGAAGACAGUCCGCUACCGGGGCACGGGCUCUUCAAGUUCAAAGAGCUGUACGAGAACCCUUGGACGAUCCCCAACUUCCUGUGUGUGUGUCGGAUUCUGCUGGCUCCGUUCUUGGGUCAUCUGAUCAUCCAGCAGCACUUUCACCUCAGUCUCGCUCUGUUCACUCUGGCUGGAGCUACUGACCUGCUGGAUGGUUACAUUGCCAGAACGUGGCCCUCUCAGAAGUCUGCGUUGGGCAGCGCUCUCGAUCCAUUGGCUGAUAAGAUUCUCAUCAGUAUUUUAUAUGUCAGUCUCACCUAUGCUGAACUUAUACCAGCUCUUCUCACAGCUCUAGUGAUUUCCAGAGACAUUGGUUUGAUAGCUGCUGUCUUCUGGGUUAGAUACAAGACUGUACCUCCACCGGUGACCCUUAGCAAGUUUUUUAACCCCUGCUACACCACAGCACAGCUCAAGCCCACACUCUUCAGCAAGGUGAACACCGCCAUCCAGCUCCUUCUGGUUGCGUCCUCUCUGGCUGCUCCUGUCUUCCAGUAUACAGACAGCGUCCUGCUGCAGGGCCUAUGGUAUGUUACGGCGGUGACCACGGCAGCGUCGGGUUAUAGCUACUGGCACUACGGCCGCAAGACCGUCAAGGAGCUGAACACCCGAUCACCAUGACAACCACACCUGGAAACGCCAAGGAAGCGGAGCAGAAGCAGCGAAUAGCCGCCGCGGCAGAUCGACCUUGGCUAAAGUCAGACAGACAGAUGGAUAAUCGCCCGGAGGUCUGAAACCCCAAGUAGCCGUGACAUCCCGAAACCAAGCGAGGCCGCAGAUGGUUUACUGCAACACUACAAAGACGCCUGACGGCAGCGCCGCACCUGGACUGGCUGUCGACUAGAGGCACACGGAUAUAGAUCUCACACACACACACACACACACACACACACACACACACACACACACACUAUGUUAAGACUGGUAAGAGCUUCUAUGUUUUGCAACAUGAUUGUCAGUUUUGUAAACCAAUGAUUUAUGAUUAAAAAAAGAAAAUCAGA